AUGGCAUCUCCGGCUAGCAUUACUUUGGCCGAAGUCGCGCGGCACAGCAGUCCGAAUGACCUCUGGAUUGUGAUAGAGGGAAACGUCUAUGAUGUAGCAGAAUAUCGUGAGGACCAUCCCGGGGGUGAUGAAAUUCUCCGCCAAUUUGCUGGAAAGGAUGCCACGACAGAGUUUCAAGACGCCGGCCACUCGAAUGACGCCUACGUGAAACUGAAGACGUUGCUCGUCGGUAGUCUGCAAUCGAAAACCCUACCGGAAAAUCAACCCGAAGAAAGUUCACGUAUCGUUUCAAUUGCCGUAAGCGAUAGAGGCAAAAUUCCGACCAAACGACAGGCAAGGAAUGGAAAUGACACGUCAAAGUAUGGCCAGCUGCCUAGCCUAGUGCUCGCGGGAGGGCUAGCAUUGUUGUUCUUUACACUAAAGCAACACCCCUGGCAAUCUAUUCAGGGCUAUCUUUCGCAAGCCCAAGUUUCACGAGUUCAGUCGAGCGGAUGGGUAGGGUUUCUCGGCGGAUUCCUGACUGCCACAACAUUAAACACUGCUGCCGCAACUUUUGUCGGCUUGACAGCCAAAAAGACUCUUUUGCUACGACACCGCGAGCUGGAGGAGUAUCCGCGAGUAAAGCAGCAUUACCUGCCGCUUCCUCCAAAGAAACCCGGUAUCAGCGGUGAAAACACCCAGCAGUUUCUGACACUAGUGGAUCGCCAAUGCAUCGCCCCCAAUGUGUACAAGGUGCGGCUCCAGGGCGACGGAUUGGUGAUUGGACUAGGGCAGCAUCUCAAAGUAUUGGCCGAGAUAGACGGAAGAAAAAUCCAGCGAAGCUACACCCCAGUCUCCCCCGUUGGGAAUUCGCCUAAAGUGGAUUUAAUCAUCAAGGUCUACCCCAAGGGCCAACUAGGCAAUUAUCUUCUCAAUCUCCCGCUCCAAUCGCGGGUGGAGAUACGCGGUCCGUUUGGUAGAUAUUCCCCGAGCCCGACGUGGAAGCAUAUCGCAUGCAUUGCAGGGGGUACCGGAAUUGCCCCGAUAUACCAGGUAAUGCGGGCAUGGCCUGGAGAAAUUACCCUCCUCUAUGGAAAUGAAACAUGGGAGGACAUCCUUUUGCGGGAGGAGCUGGAGCAACUGGUCCUUCAGUCACCCAGAAGAAUUAAAGUGCACCACGUUCUGGGUCAACCAAAGUCGGACUGGAAGGGCCUUAGGGGCUGGAUAACGAGAGAGAUGAUUCAGGACUUACUGCCGGAACCAUCCUCAAGCACUGGGUUCUUGGUUUGCGGACCUGACGGGAUGGUGCGGGCAAUUCGGGGACAUUUUGAGGCUAUUGAUGCGAAUGGCGAGGAGAAGGCCAAUGUGUUCGUUUUCUAG